AUGGGUGCAUCUGAAGGUGCUGGAGAGACAUUCUGUGUGGAGAGGAUCAUCCUGGAUGAACCUAAACUAGACGAAGUAGCCCAACGGCAGACUGAAAUCCAACGAUCCUCAAUAAAGGAGAAGAUCUGUGACUCUCUGAGGUGCUCCGUGGGACAGUGGAAGAUUUGGAUUCUGAAGUGGAUACCGCUUCUCUCCUGGAUCCCGCAGUAUUCAAUUCGGGAGAAUGGUCUUGGAGACGUGGUUUCAGGUGUCAGCGUGGGAAUCAUGCAUCUGCCUCAGGGUAUGGCAUACGCUCUCUUGGCUUCUGUCCCACCUGUGUUUGGCCUAUACACCUCUCUCUAUCCUGUACUGGUAUACUUCAUCUUUGGCACUUCUAGACAUGUCUCCAUAGGAACCUUUGCGGUGAUUAGCGUAAUGAUCGGGAGCGUAUCAGAGCGAUUGGCUCCUGACGAUCAGUUUCUGACCAAUGGGACGAACGGAUCAGUCGUCAUGGAGACGGAGGAGCGAGACCUUCAGCGCGUGAAAGUCGCUGCAGCAACGACCUUACUGUGCGGCAUAUUUCAAGUUCUGUUGGGUCUGGUUCGGUUCGGGUUUGUCGUGACGUAUCUCUCGGAGCCGUUAGUGCGGGGCUACACGACAGGUGCGGCCGCUCACGUGAUCACCUCUCAACUCAAAUACCUGUUUGGGGUUUCACCCAGACGAUUCGCUGGACCCCUGCAGCUGCUGUAUACUCUGGUGGAGCUGGGCAGUCUCUUGCCGCAGACUCACAUCCCCACUCUUCUGAUCAGUCUGCUGGCUCUCACAGUUCUGAUCAUCGUGAAAGAGAUCAACUCCUGCUUUAGUCACAGAUUACUGCUUCCCGUUCCCAUAGAGCUCAUGGUGAUUAUCGCAGGGACUCUUGUUUCUCAUUAUGCCGACCUGAGAGCUGUUGCUGGUGUCGACGUAGUGGGAGAGGUUCCCAGUGGGCUGGUGCCGCCCAGAGUCCCAGAGGUGGGUUUCUUCUCCUCAGUGGUUGGGGAUGCGUUUGCUGUGGCUGUGGUGGGAUACGCCGUCAGCAUUUCUCUAGGCAAGACUUUUGCUCUCAAACAUGGAUAUAAAGUAGACAGCAAUCAGGAGUUGGUGGCGUUGGGGCUCAGUAACACCAUUGGCGGCUUCUUCCAGUGCUACUCCGUCACUUCCUCCAUGUCUCGCAGUCUCGUGCAGGAGAGCACAGGAGGAAAGACACAGGUGGCUGGCAUGAUAUCUGCUGUUAUUGUGCUCAUUACAGUUUUGAAGCUUGGUCCACUUUUUGAGGAGCUGCCCACAGCUGUGCUGUCCAGCGUUGUGUUUGUGAAUCUGAAGGGAAUGCUCAUGCAGUGUCGGGAUCUUCCCGCUCUGUGGGAGAGAAACAGAGUAGAUCUGCUGGUGUGGCUGGUGGCGUUUCUCUGUACCCUGCUGUUGAAUCUGGACCUGGGUCUGGCAGCUUCCGUCGUCUUCACACUGUUCACCGUGAUUUUCAGGACCCAGCGUCCCAGGUACUCCUUGCUUGGCAGGGUGCCAGACACGGAGCUGUACUUAGAAACAGAGUCGUAUAAAGAGGCCAAAGCUAUCCCAGGUAUCGCUAUCUUCCGUUCGUCUGCGAUGAUCUACUAUGCAAAUGCUGAACUCUAUCGAGAGGCUCUGUUAGAGAAGAGUGGAAUUGACGUCCCCAGGCUGAAACGGAGAAAAGAGGAGGAGGAGAAGGCAAAAAAGAAACAAGAUAAACAAACUGGAGCUCUGAGGGAGCUGGCGAACAGAAUGAUGGUCUCCGUGAAGAAUGUGAGUGAAUCUGUGCACGGCACGGACCGGGAACACAUCAUCACUGACGGCGGCAUAGCAACAGUAACCCGCGGCGACGAGAACCGCAGCUUCCGGCCAGAGCAGCCCCACGAGGAGGAGAAACGGGACACGCACUCCGUCAUCCUGGACCUCCGUCCGGUCAGCUUCAUCGACACGGUCACGCUGAAAACACUGACAAACAUUUUUCACGAUUUCGCAGAGGUUGGGGUCACUGUUUACAUCGCCGGAUGCCAAGUGUGUGUUGUGCAGCAGCUGGAACGAGGCGGAUUCUUCUCCGAGUCAGUCUCGAGAAGUCGCCUUUUCCCGUCUCUUCAUGACGCUGUGCUGCACUGUCUGAGUCGAUCUGACCGAGAUCUGUCCAGAUCUGAAUUUAUUCUGCCGUUGCUCUUUCACAGGAAGUGCCCAGCGUUACGAGGUUAUGACCAGCAGGUGCGCGUCGCUCCUUCAUCCUGACUGACAGGUUUAAGAGACGCCCUCAAGACUCGCAGCCGUGUCUCAGACGUUUACAUCAUAAAACAUACGCUUGAACCGGGUGAUUUACUGCCUUAGCGUGGCAUAUAAUGGAUGUGGUUUUUACAGCUUUAUUAUAAGGAAAGGUUGGGUAGAAAGCUUUAGUAGAAAGGCAUAAAAUAACUGUCAAAAAUAUAGCCGGUAAAAAAAAAAUUAUGUGGAAAGUCACUAUAUUACUAUAUUAAUUACUACCUUUGAGUGCCUUGGAGUGUUUCAUCUACUCAAUGAAUUAAUAUCAAUUUAAAGAUGAAUUAAUACAUUAAUAAACACGAUGCCAGUAAGUAAGUGGGGAAAAAAUUUAAUGAAAUUAUAAAUGUGAUAUUUGGAUGUUUGGAGACAUCUGCUGUUUAUGUCGGAGCGUUACAACAACGACUAUUGAAAUGAACUUCAUGUACUUUGUAUUGCUUUUUUCAAAUACAGGUCUAAAUACUAAUA